UUCUCCGGCAGUUAUGCUCUCUGGUGAACUCAAUAAUAUGUAUGUACGAUUGUUGCCUGACAAUUGUUGCUGAUCAUUGCAGAUUGUUGCAUGAUAAUAAUAUUAUUCAUGUAUCCAUGCUUCAAAUAUGAAGUAUGAAUGUCAUGAAAUCAUUUCGAGAAGCGUUAUCCAACGCAAAACAUGUGUUGAUAUUAACUGGUAGCGGAAUUUCGGCGGAAUCAGGUAUUCCCACAUUUCGUGGUGCCGGUGGUUUUUGGAGGAAGUAUCAAGCCCAAAAUCUUGCAACCCCAGAAGCAUUUACGGCAAAUCCUUCUUUAGUCUGGGAAUUUUAUGAAUACCGCAGAAGAGUGGCAAACGAAGCUAAACCCAACAAAGCUCAUGAAGCAAUAGCAUCUUUUCAAGAUCGUGCCCUAAAAGAAGGUAAAAAUGUCACCAUUAUAACGCAAAACAUUGAUGAACUUCAUCAGCGUGCUGGUGCCAGUAACGUGGUGGAACUUCAUGGUUCGCUUUAUAAAACUCGUUGCACAGUUUGCAAUGAGGUUGCUGUAAAUACAAAUAUUCCCAUAUGUCCUGCAUUAGAAGGAAAAGGAUCUCCAGAUCCAAACAUUAUGAUUUCUAAUAUUCCAAAAAAUGAAUUACCUUUAUGUCAAAAAGAAAACUGUAAAGGUUUGCUGAGACCUCAUAUUGUAUGGUUUGGUGAAAAUUUAGAUGAAUAUGUAUUAAAGGAAGCCUUUAAUGCUGUAGAAAAUUGUGACACUUGUUUGGUCAUUGGUACAUCAUCGAUUGUAUAUCCUGCAGCAAUGUUUGCACCACAAGUAGCAAAUCGUGGUAUACCUGUUGCUGAAUUUAACUUAGAAUCAACUCCUGCUACAAGACACUUUAUGUAUCAUUUUGAAGGACCCUGCACUAUUACAGUAACAGAAGCUUUGAAUCCUUAAAUCUACAAAUGUGUAAAUUUAAGACCUUCUGUAUGUGGAGAAAUACCUAAUCUAAUACAUUUAACUGUAUAUUUACCUCGUACUAGACAUAGUUCAGUACUAAGUCCUAGCUGGUUUAAAUAUUCCAACCAUAAUUGUUGUUUUGUUGAAAGAACAUCUCUAGGACCUUUUACCUCUACAAUUUUAUGCUAUAAAAGAAAUGUAUGUAGAUAAUACGUAUGCUAUACAAAAAUGUAUGUACAUAAACUGUUCUUAUUUGAAAAAUAUAAAAUUAUUUAUUUGCAAUAUUA